AUGCCGCCGAAGUCAAAGUCAAAGGACAAGAAAGAAAAGGAGGGGAUGACGAAGACGAACCGUCGCAAACCGCAGAAAUCUGUACGUUUCCUGGAUUCAGAAAUCACGGACCUAUUUGAAGAUUUCAGAAUAACGUCACUUCGGAAGGUCAGACGCCCGGCGAUUUGAUCGAAACUCUGAAAAACUCGAAGAACAAACCGGUGAUGUACGAGCAUCUGAAAGCUCAGGCGGCGCACCAAGCCGACGGAUUCCUCAAGAACCUGGAACUCAACCGUCUGCCCGUUCCGAUAAACGAACGUCGUCGUGUCAAAAUUGACAAGGACGAGGAGUUCUAUCCGGGACAGUACUGCAAAAUGGAGAAUUCAGAGUACACGCUCCUUCAGGCGCCCUCUAAGGCCUCCCUCAAACUGAUCUGGAAACUUAUUACUCAGGUACUCAAGGACCAAUGGAUACCUCAGUUACCUUCCUUAUUACAGGAUCAAACAAAGAUCAUAGUGUGUCUGUGCCACGACGAGCAGAUCAGUGCGACGGAAGACUCGAAGUGCUUUCCGUGGUUUCCGACGGAGGUGAAUCAGUCGUUGGAGGUGGAGCAGAAGAAGGGAAAGUACACGAUUGUCUGCAAAGCGAAGGAGGGCUUGAGCAUGGGCGCCGUCAAAUACGAUCUGGAGUUGAGCGACAGCGAGACGGUGCAAGAGACGAACACGGACGAUCCGAACGGUCCGGGCCCGAAAACCCUUGUGAUGACUUUGUACCACAUGAACGCGUGGUCAGGGACUCGUCCGGAGAGCGGAAAUCCGUUGGAGUUGGCGCAGAACGUGGCGCUUUUCCUCAAGGAAAUCAACAAAGCGGAGACCAAUGUUAGUCUGCUGAGAGAUGGGAAAGAAUCAAUUGAAUGUGUUCAGGUGCUCCGUAAGAGUAUGGAAAACUUUGUGCCGCCCGUCAUAAUCCAAUCGUUCGAUGCGAUCGGAAGAUCCGCCAUCGCCUGGGUCGUUCUGAUGCUUCUGAAGGAUGUGGAGAAGCGCGAGUGUUUCGAUGUCCCCGAUCUCAUCAAAAAGUUGAUGAAGUGAGCAUCAGUUUCUUUUUCCCCUUUUUAAUUUCUCAUACCAGGUUGCGUCCGGGUGCGAUUUCCUCCUACUACCACUACGUUUUCACAAUGGCCGUCGCACUGCACAUUGGAAAAGAGAUGAAAUGGUGCGAGCCGGACUGCGAAAAGGCUCUCGCCGAUCUCACCGCCAAGUUUCCCGAGCGCAAGCUCAACGAAGUCGGCAACUUGAUCAUCGAUACGAAAUGA